GUGAAGUUUCCUAUUAUUCCACCAACCACCUUACGAAGAAAACCGCUCUUUUUCUCAUUCGCCCAAAGUUUGAAGUCUGGGGAGCGCCAUUUUUUGUUCUUCAUUUCUCCAAUUCUUCAAUCAUAGCUGAAAGGCGUCUCCCUAGCGUUAAUCUAACAAGAGAAGGUGGUUUUUAAAAUUUUGAAGUGAAGGAUGCAUGCAGCUCCUGGAAGUUUUAUGCUAUAAGCUCCUUGACUAGGAAACAGUGUCUAAUGCUCUUUUAGGAUUGUGGUGAAGUAGUAAAGACCGUUCUAUCUGGUGCUUGGGAGAUUGGGCAAAUUUGUGUUCCUAAUUUUCUCCGUGAGAAGAUUACUGUUCAUCCGUCUAAUUCAUGAAGUUGUAAUCACUGAGUGAAAUCUGCUUGAGAAGGAAAAAAUGAAAGUGGCUUUUAAGCAUGUUCUGCUGUUUUCUCUACUGUCCUUAUUGUUCUGUGGUCGUGCUAUAGCUGAGUUUGAACAAGGGAAUUCACAAAAGAUAAUAUCUGCCCCAGAUAAAGAUGGAAUAAAAGUUAUCGAUGGCUCUGGUACAGAGAAUUUGUUGCUGCAUGAGAGAAAAGGAGGGAGUAGAGUUUCAGUAUCGACUGUUGCAGUAUUUACAUUAGCCAUGGCUGCUGCCACUGGUUUAGGUGCUGUUCCAUUCUUCUUUGUGGAACUCGAUACACAGUGGGCUGGUAUAUGCAAUGGAAUGGCUUCUGGGGUGAUGUUGGCUGCUAGCUUUGAUCUUAUUCAAGAAGGGCAGGAACAUGGUGCCGGCAAUUGGGUGGUAAUUGGGAUUUUGGCUGGUGGAAUUUUUAUUUGGCUUUGUAAGAAGUUUCUUGAACAGUAUGGUGAAGUGAGUAUGUUGGAUAUAAAAGGUGCAGAUGCAACUAAAGUUGUUCUUAUAAUUGGCAUAAUGACUCUUCAUUCAUUUGGUGAGGGCUCUGGUGUUGGUGUUUCUUUUGCUGGGUCAAAGGGUUUCUCUCAAGGUCUUUUGGUGACUUUAGCUAUUGCUGUGCAUAAUAUACCUGAGGGAUUAGCUGUAAGUAUGGUUCUUGCCUCAAGGGGUGUCUCACCACAGAAUGCCUUAUUAUGGAGUGUGAUUACAUCAUUACCGCAGCCUAUUGUAGCAGUUCCCUCUUUCAUAUGUGCUGAUGCAUUUAAUAAGUUCCUUCCCUUCUGUACGGGCUUUGCUGCUGGAUGUAUGAUAUGGAUGGUGAUCGCAGAAGUACUCCCAGAUGCAUUUAAGGAAGCCUCACCAUCACAAGUUGCAUCCGCAGCCACACUUUCUGUGGCGUUCAUGGAAGCUCUAGGCACAUUGUUCCAGAGUUUCACCCGUGAAUACAACUCUGAAGUUGUUUCUGGCUUCUUUGUUUCCUUACUUUUUGGCGUCGGACCACUACUCGGUGGUCUUGUUCUAGUUGCAUUUGCUCUUGCUUUCCAUCUUCAGCAUGCCCUUCUCAUGGGUGCUGCUUCUGGGAUUGCUUUCAUCCUCGGUGCCUGGCGACCGAUGCAGCUACUAUUUUCUUCAAAAAUGGAUUUCAUCCCUCUCGUAAUCCUUUUGAUUUUAGGAGCGGUACUCGUCCACUUCUCGAAUUCCAGUCUUCUGAAGCUUGCUGGCGGGAAAAGAGCUUCAGUGAAUGAUUUACCUGCUUCAACUAAUUUUUCAGCAAGUGUGCACACCCUUCAAUCUUUCCUAUCAUGUGGAGCAGUUGCAUUUCAUGCUUUAGCCGAAGGGCUUGCACUAGGAGUCGCUGCACCGAAAGCUUACGGAUUCGGUCGUCACAUGGUUCUUCCUGUUUCUCUACAUGGCCUCCCUCGGGGCGCAGCAGUAGCUAGUUGUGUAUUCGGGGCGACUGAUAACUGGCAUGGAUCUCUCAUGAGCGCAGCCCUCAUUGGAUUCGUUGGUCCAAUCUCUGCCAUUGGAGCCAUACUUGCAGGUAUCGACUACAGCGGGUUAGAUCACGUGAUGGUGCUGGCUUGUGGAGGGUUACUUCCGAGCUUCGGAAGUAUAAUCAAAAGAGCAAUGCAAUUGGAUACACAGAAAAGUAGCAGCGGACUUGUGCUUGGUUUGGGGUUCGCUAUCUUGUGUUUGAUGUGCACCAAGCUGGUUUGCUUGCACACGCCUUACUGCAAUUCUGCACCAGAGGCAGUAAGAUGAUGAGCGAGCGAGCGGGUUCGUCGUCUUUGUAAUUAUUUUGGCAGGUCGUUGCGGCAUGCUGCUGCUGCUGCUGCUUCUGCUUGAAAUGGGAGAUACACAUUUUAGAAUUGUAGCACACACAUGAGUUUAAAGAGCAACUCAUGGCAGUGGUUUUUACUCAAAUUUGCAAGAGAGAGGAGGGAGGGAGCGGCCAAUUUCUAGAGGUGUGUGUUUAAGUUCUUCUAUACCAUAGGGGUUCUGAUUUAUCUUUUCAUACCUUAGGAAUUUUAGAUUACUUUUCUUAUUUUUUGAAUAAUUUUUUAUAUUUUUA